CCAUAUGUGCAGCAUUGAUAAAUAGAGCAGUCAGAGACACCACACACACAACAUCCUCCUUCAUCCUGAACAACACGAUCUCAGCUCAACCAUGAGUGUGGUGAACCUGGGUCCAGAUCCCUCUCUGGCAUAUCGCACCGAAUGUCACGAGAAAGACGAAUCAGAAUUCAGGAACUUUGAGAGUGGAGCUCUCUUUGACCGUGUGUUUAAUACAUACAAGCUGAUGCACACAUACCAAACACUGGACUUUGUCAAACAGAAGGUUGGUCUAUCAAUACCUGCAGGGCUUCUUUCAGGACUAAAAUCCAUUUCCAAAUAUUGGUUCCAGCUAGUCGGUCUGAUCCAUGACAUUGGAAAAAUCAUGGCCCUGCAUGGGGAGUCACAGUGGGCUGUAGAUGGAGAUACAUUCCCAGUGGGAUGCAAGUUUUAGAAUUCAGUGUUCAGAGACUCAACAUUUGAAGACAAUCCGGAUGGGAAGAACCCUACACUCAACACAGAGUUUGGGAUCUAUGAACCACAAUGUGGGCUUGAUAAUGUCCUGAUGUCUUGGGGACAUGAUGAGUAUCUAUACCGGGUGAUGAAGUUCAACAAAUGCACCAUCCCUGAGGAGGGUCUUUACAUGAUCCGCUUCCACUCCUACCCAUGGCAUUCAAAAGGAGACUACAUGCACUUAUGCAGCGAGAAAGACCUGCAGAUGCUGCCCUGGGUCAGAGAGUUUAACAAGUUUGACUUGUACACCAAGAGCACUGAACUACCGGACGUGGAGCGUCUGAGGCCGUAUUAUCAGUCUCUCAUUGAUAAGUACUGCCCCGUGAUACUACACUGGUGAACGUGUUCUAGAAUUCUACGAAUACGUCCUAUUUCAGUGAGACACUCAAUGAAUGACACUUUAAAUAAUGUAUAGCUUUUGCUCUGUGGUCAAUAAAAAUGGGUGAAAUAACUACAGCCAAUUAGAAACCACCCAUGAAACUUUGGCACUUUGGAAUUUUCUUCAGA